UUUAGGGCACUAACGCUUGAAAAUAAUGUAAUGUACGUAGAUAUAUGUAGAUUUGCACAAUGUACACACUUAUGUACAUAGCUACACAUAAUCUAGAUAGAUCAACAUUUGAUGCAACUAUUGUUAAUUAUCACCAGAAGAUCUGUUCCGUUGUAACGGGUUAUGAUGCAAAUAUUUAAUGCACAUAAAUCAGACCACUUAUCACCCAAUUAAAUCUUAAGGUAAUCUUAAUAUUAAAUUCUGGUAAAAUGAAGAAGCAGUCACCAGCUACCUACACAAUGUAAUGACUACCUACCUAUACAACGCAAAAUAUAAUAUUGUAAAUAUAACAAGUAAAACCAUGUUCCCCAAAAAUACGAUUCAAAUAUUUCUCAUAAUUUCUUACUUGCAUAAUCUCGUCAAAGUUCUUGAUUCCAAAACAAUUCACUAUUCCUUAACGGUGUCUUAUCUUUCUGUUGCUCUAGACGGCGUUACUAAAAGAAUGCUUGUCUUCAACAACUUAUCUCCACCAGGACCAACUCUCCAAGCCUCUAAAGGGGACGAACUCCUUGUCAAAGUUACAAACCGAAUUGAUCCAGACGAAACCACCACAAUUCAUUGGCACGGAAUUGAACAAUUCUAUUCUCCAUUUCAAGACGGUCCACGCAUGAUAACGCAGUGCGACAUUCCGUAUAAUUACAGCCAUACGUAUCGCUUCAUCCUGCAUCAGUCUGGAACCUACUGGUACCAUGCGCAUCACACGGGACAUAACGACGGUCUGUGGGGUGUCCUAAUCGUGGACAACACUCCAGCAGAAGUGCACAGAUACGAUGGCGAGUUUGUCCUCACUCUAAAAGACUGGUAUCACCUUCCCUCCCAACAGUUAUCGAAUUGGUACGAGGACCUGCAAAUAAGUCGUGGUGGACUUCCCUUCCCUGGUGGUAAAACGUACCGAUUCCGGGUACUCAAUUCUGCAACAGUGACCCUCUUCGCAUUAAUGAUUGAUGGCCAUAAGCUGGAAGUAAUUGAAACGGAUGGCGUGGACACUGUUCGAGUAGCUGGGGUUGAUAGAGCAACUAUUUCGACAGGGGCAAGAACUUCCUUCCUAGUGAAGAUGGACGGGGAAUUGGACCAAUACUGGAUUAGGAUUUGGGGAGAUUUGCAACCAUUUAAACUGACUUAUCCAAAUAUUAAUCCUUAUCCGGAAAUCUUGCGGGAUGAUCCUUGGAGUUAUGCGAUUCUUCGCUACAAGGAUGGUUCUGGUGUCGCUGCUGUGAGCGAGGGUGUAAACUCAAAUGCAGUACAAGGACGACCAGACCAUCAUCAGGGCAGAAUAAGAAGUGCUUUUACUACGACAAGAGAUCAAAUGGAUGCCCCUGGGAAUAAGAUUAAGCCAGGAUUUAAUAAUAUCACGUUCUCAACCGCACCUCUGGAUAAACCGGCUUUGCUAAAAGUCAUGAGUGGGGAGGUGUUGCCAGCUUCGUUGAAUCCAAUAAAAAUUAACGGAUUUGGCGAGAAUUAUGUGGUUGAGAUGAUAUUUAGCGAUUAUGGUGACACGGGUCAUCCCCUCCACCUUCACGGUCAUACGUUCUGGGUCAUGGGUUAUGGCGGAGAGAACGAAGGACCAUUUUCAGAAAGGAAACAUCGACACCUGUUGAAAACUGGGGUCCGACGCGAGACAAUGGCUGUACUGCUGAGCUCAUGGACAGUGAUUCGGUUUCGAGCCGAUAAUCCUGGCGUGUGGUUGCUGCAUUGCCAUAUGAACUUUCAUUUUGAAGUGUCCAUGGGCAUGGUUCUCAUAGAAGGGCAUGAUAAAAUUGGGGCCUUAAGAAUCCCAAAGGAUAUGAAAAAUCUUUGUCGAGCCGCCGGGAUCGAUCUCGACCCCACACCUACCACGCCAAAGACUCCUUUAAAAGAGUGGACAGAGUGUAAAAAGAAGACGCCAAAGCCAAGUUCGCUGUGGGGCCAUUUAUCCAGGAAGAAAGAUUGUUGGUUAAAUUUACUGCAAAGGUUUUAUAUGAAAAAAUAGGAUUAAAAAUAUACUAUGUAAAGAUACCGGAAUUUUGAAUGUACAAAAAC